AUGUCUGCGGACGACGACCAGGACGACUUGGGGGCCCUCGAGGCCUCCCCGCCCUCUUCUCCGGGGGGCCCCGAGGGGCCCCCCCGGGGGCCCCCCGGGGGCGGCGGGGGCGCGUGUCAGGGCCCCGCAGCAGCAGCAGCAGCAGCAGCAGCAGGGGCCCGGGGGAAGCUGCAGCAGCAGCGCAGCGACUGGUACGCGGCGCAGCAAAGGGCCCUUGCUGCUGCUGCUGCUUCCGUCACUCCUUUGUUUGUCUCUGGGGGGGCCCUUCACUCCACCAGCACUAAAAACCAACAAGUCUAUUUGCCCCCCACUCUGAGUGCUGCAGCAGCAACUCCCGCAGCAGCAGCAGCAGCAGCAGCCCCCUCCCCCGCAGCAGCAGCAGCAGCAGCAGCAGCAGCAGCAGCAGCAGCAGCAGCAGCAGGGGCGCAGGAGGCCCCCGCUGCUGCUGCUGCUGCUGCUGCUGCUGCUGCUGCUGCUGCUGCAGCAGAGGGGGAGGAGCCUGCUGCAGCAGCAGCAGCAGCAGCAACUGGGAAGACCUUUCUCCAGAAGCAGCUCGAAAGGAAGGCCAAGUUGGCUGCGCAAAGGGGCAGGGGCGGGGGCCCCUUCGCCCGGGGGGGGCCCCCCUUCAGGGGGGGCCCCCAGGGGGGCCCCCAGGGGGGCCCCCAGGGGGGCCCCCAGGGGGGGGGGGACGGCGCCGGGGCCCACAGGCACUAUGAGGAUGCGGGGGGCCCCCAGGGGGGCCCCCAGGGGGGCCCCCACUAUGCAGGGGACUCUGGGGGCCCCCGCAGGAGGGAAAGGGGCGCGUGGCAAAGCAGUCCGUACCCUACUAGUUGGGAGGCAGGGGGCCCCCAGGGGGGCCCCCAGGGGGGCCCCCGCGGGGGCCCCCACGGGGGCAGCCACUCCCCGGGGAGCUCCUUCGACAGGUACCCUUCUAGGGGCCCCCACGACGCCUUCACGGGGGCCAAUGCGACGCCCCUGGGGGCCCCCCAGGGGGCCCCCUGGGGGCCCCCCUCGGGGCACUACGGGGACGACGGCGCUGCUGCUGCUGCUGCUGCUGCUGCUGCUGCUGCUGCUGCUGCUGCUGCUGCUGCAGUUCACGCGGGUCUUUUUAAAGGCUGCGGCGCGGUCGGGUUUUCCUAG